AUGUGGGAAGAAUUUGCUAUAUCUGGCAACCUGACUCAACACCAGAGAAAACACACAGGAGAGAAAUCUUAUAGCUGUGAUCAAUGUGGGAGGAGAUUUGCUACAUCUGGCAACCUGACUCAACACCAGAGAACACAUACAGGAGAUAAAUCUUAUAGCUGUGGUCAAUGUUGGAGGAGUUUUACAACAUUAAUCUCUCUGAAAGUACACCAGAGAACACACACAAGAAAGAAACGUUAUAGCUGUGAUCAAUGUGGGAAGAGAUUUGAUACAUCUGGCAACCUGACUCAACACCAGAGAAAACACACAGGAGAGAAACCUUAUAGCUGUGAUCAAUGUGGGAGGAGAUUUGCUAUAUCUGGCAACCUGACUCGACACCAGAGAACACACACAGGAGAGAAACCUUAUAGCUGUGGUCAAUGUAGGAGGAGAUUUGCUAUAUCUGGCAACCUGACUCGACACCAGAGAACACACACAGGAGAGAAACCUUAUAGCUGUGGUCAAUGUAGGAGGAGAUUUGCUACAUCUGGCAACCUGAUUCGACACCAGAGAACACACACAGGAGAGAAACCUUAUAUCUGUGGUAAAUGUGGGAGGAGAUUUAGUCGAUCUGGAGAUCUGACAGUGCACAAGAGAACACACACAGGAGAGAAACCUUAUAGCUGUGGUCAAUGUGGGAAUAGAUUUGCUUCAUCUGGCUCUCUGACUCUACACCAGAGAACGCACACAGGAGAGAAACCUUAUAGCUGUGGUCAAUGUGGGAAGAGAUUUGCUUCAUCUGGCUCUCUGACUCUACACCAGAGAACACAACACAGGAGAGAAACCUUAUAG